CUCAGUGAAUUAAUUUGGAUAGACCACGACUAACUGUAAAUUUGUUCAGUAAAUAUGUCUUCCGUAAUGGAAGAUAAUAAAUCAUUAUUGUGUGUGGAAUGGGAACCGGGAAUAAGUCUACAUAACUUGAAUAUCAAAUGUAAUACGUGUCAGUGUAUGGUUUGAUUUAUUAUAAUGUGGAUGAAGUAGCAUUUGGGAAGUUUCGUAACACCAUGAUUGCACAUAAUCCUGUUAUGCGAGCUUAUGGAAAUGGUGAAUUUCUAGGUAUAGCCAAGGAUAUUUGUUGUAUAGAGGGUGUAUUUCCUAAGAAUCAAAAUAUUGGCAUUCUAACAUUUGAUCGUACUGAAGAAGCUUAUAAAUGUUUUGAAUCUAAGAUUGAACUACGUGAACCACAUCAUUAUGGUGGUCAUGAACUAUAUAUAGUUCCUUUAUGUAAUCCAGCUCAAUCAUGGCCAGGUUAUCGUUAUAUUCAAUUGGAUAUAUAUGAAACUAAAAAUUCUAUAUUAUUCACUAAAUAUGUUAAUCAAUUAAUAAAUAUCAUAACAUGUCAUGGUGGUCAUGUUAUAGCUGGUUCAACGCAAACAGGCCAUUUUUUAGGCUUACGAAAAGCAUUAUUUCUCUUUAUUGUUCAAUGGAGGAAUAGUGAUUCAUUUUUUGAAUGUAAUAAAGAAGUUACACCUCUACAACGACAGUCUGGUUCAUCAUGCAGUUCUCGUAUACUCUUUCAACUUGAUACACAAUACUUUAAUCGGUAUUAAAUAAGCAGAGUAAAAACAACAAUAAAACUUUAAAUAAUUUCAUUUGUUCAAUUAUUUUCAUUUAUUUUAACCAGCUAACUAAUGUUUCAUAAUUCUUAAAUAUCUAAGCACAAAUCAAUAUGACCACAAAAGUAACUGAUGAUGAUAAAUGACAAUAAAAGAUGAAACAGAUGAAAAAGGUCAAUGUUAUAUCAUUGUUUACUUUUGAAUCAAUCACUUGAAUUUUUAUUGAUAAACUAAAGUGAAAGACGAAAACAGAAUAGUAUUCUUGACCACCGUAAACAUAUGUAAUACAUAUGUGAGAAGAUUAUCUAACGGAUAAUAAGCAUUUUUAUUAUUUUACAUUUCAAUAUAACAAAUUAUAUGUUCAGUAUGCAUAUUAAUAAUGAAAAUAAACUCUGAAAAACUACGAAUGAGA